AUGAAUUCUCGCGAGCAUUCGGAUAUGCCUCCAGCCACCUCUUAUCCAUCCCCGAACGCCGCGCAGAUGGGACAGGGCGCCAUGCAGUACUACACGAAUCGCCAGUUGACGGCCGACGAACUUUUAUCCGCUGAGCUUUCGCGCGAAACCUCCGGACAGGGCCUUGCUGAUGGCUCGAAUAACGGCGUACAUCAUGGCCAAUCGAUGGUUUUGGGCUCGUCGAACCCCGGUGGCGCGGAGAUGGGUCGUCCGUCGUCGCCAGACCAGCAUCAACAACAGCACAUGCUGCAGUUCACCCCCAGCCAGCAGGUGGGCGUCGACCCGAAUCACGACUUGAGCUAUGGUGAUCAGAGCGCUCGGAGGAAGAGGUCGAAGAUCUCGCGGGCUUGCGAUGAGUGCAGACGCAAGAAGGUCCGUUGUGAUGCGAGCUCCGAAUCCGGGGUCGAGACUUGCUCGAAUUGUCGCCGACUGGGCGUGGCCUGUCAGUUCAGUCGCGUGCCGAUGAAACGGGGUCCCAGCAAAGGCUACAUCAAGGAACUCGCGGAACGUCUACAUACCCUCGAGAGUCAGAUGCAACCCGCCAUGGUCCAUCCCGACAUGCCAUACCAAGCUAUGAACGAGGUGUCUCCUCCCAGGCCGUAUCAGGAUUUCUCGCCUCCAAUAGAUGCCGGUCCCAUCGGUCGCAAGAGAACAUAUUCUGUUUUCGAGGGACUUCCGAGUGGAUUGCCGACCACAUCUUAUUCCCAGCCUUCGUUCAAUCCUCGAGGUUCUCAGAAUGCGUUUGGUUCGUUCCCUAGCACUCCCACGCCCGCCAUCGAUGAUACUUUGCUAACCAUGCUAGACGCUGCGGAAACCUCGACAGAUCCGAUGAACCCAUCGGUCAUGAACAACGCCGCCCCCAAAGCCGGAAAUCUGUUCUGGUCUCCUGGCAAUGAGCAUGAGCUUCCAGCCGGUAUCGACAUGCCCGAUGUGUCCAAGCAGGGAUUAGAAGAGGACAUGACUCCCUUGGAUCCGGAUGAAGGAGCUCUUAAUGCUUAUUACACCAAGAUCCAUCACAUCUUCCCGAUCCUCCCACAUUCAAAGGAACGCCUCUUGGAGAUCCUUCAUCAAUGCAGCCGUGAGAUUCAGGAGGUGUUUCUGUACGGUCUCUAUACCGUUACGUGCACGAAUUUGGAUCGUGUUCUGAGCACCUUUGAGCGAGUGACCUCCUUCGAUAAUGCACAGGAUCUUCUCUUGUACUACACUCGUCAAUCGGUGCUGGUCCGUCCCACCGUGGUCAACCUCGUAUGGCUCCAGACGAUGCUCCUUAUGAUCUUGGACUGCGACUUAAGGGGUCCUGAGAACUUGGUUCUGAAGGAUGGUGUACCCAAACAUACUCUGAUCCAGUCCGCCACGAAGCUCGGCUCCGACAUGGCGAAGGACUUUGGUCAAUUAAAAACCAAACGCUCCUCUGAUGCUGACCUUGAUUCGGAUGCCAACCUGAUCAGACGGAGCUGGGUCUCACUUACCAUCAUGGCUCGGUGGUACGCCAUCAGUGUAGCCGACCCAAGCGUUCUGGUGAACCAGGCAAUUGGUGGGCGAGAGGACGAGCGUGUUGUUGGUUCUGUUCCCAUUGGACUAGGCGAUUCCUCAGCGUACUCUUCCUUCCUAAUCGAGCUGACCACGCUGGCCGCCACGGAGCACAACGUCUGCCAAACAAACACGGGUCUAGGACGCGUCGUUGGGGCCAAUCUGGUCGCGUCUCUCGAACGUCUGGGCGACAUGGAAGAUAUCCGGAAGCCUCACGAGAUCGACGAGGAUGCAGGGUCCCAAGCCCUCUACGAGAGCCUGCAGAACCAACUCUACUGGACCAUUCGGCUCCUCAUCAAGCGCCACAUCUUCGUCUACAGCCCUUACGAGAUCAUCUACAGCGCGGUCGAACUCAUCAACGAGCUGCACAAGGCCACUUCCGAAUCCCGCCCCACCACCCCCUUCGACCUUCACAGCUUAGCCCUCGCCUCCAUGACCCUCCUCGAAGCCACCGCCCUUCCAGACCACGCGGCCGAGUGCUGGGACGCCCUCCGCAAGGUCGAGGAGAUCCUCGACCUCCGCGCCAAAUCCCCCACCGACGCCUCCCCAGAGUUUGCCUCCAUCUUCGCAACCCCAAGCUGGGACUCCAAGAUCCGCAGCUUCAUCGACUGGCGCCGUUCCAAGUCCCAACAGGACUCCCAGCUCCACGACACAACCAUCCUCGGCACCGGUAGACCCUCCGUCUCCGGCUCCUCCGCCGCGCCCCCGCCGCCCAUGGGCCCCAACGAGCAGCGCUCCCUGCAGCACCUCGCCGACCUUGCCGUCGGUGCCGAGGGCUCCGUCGCCGCAAACCCGGCCUCACCGCCCCCGCUCGCCGCCCCCGAGAAUCAUCCCAGCACCACCUCCCCGCACCUUCCCGCGUCGCUGCAGGCGCCCGGCCGCGUCGUCGUCGACUUCACCCUCCUGACCAAGGAAGGCUACUUGAAUGUUUUCUCGGGGUUGAUCUACCGGCGUUCGCGCUAA